AUGGAAACCUUUGGCGCUACAUUGUAUAGUCGCUGCAUCACCUCAUUGGUGGUAGCAGUUUUCAGUGGUGUUGUCUAUGUGCUUGUUAAAGCAUAUAAAGCCCGUAGCGUCGUCAAUCACUUGCGCAAGCAGGGUUUGCCCAUGACAGAAUUCAACUGGAUCACUGGCCACAUGCUUGCAAUAAAGGCCUUCAUAGAAAACUUACCACCCGACGCCAUCACCAACUACAUUAUGACAACAAUGGCUUUCUCGCUCAAGAAGAACGCAUUCUACUUAGAUUUUUGGCCACUCAGCGAACCUAUUCUCGUUGUCACAAGCCCUUUGCUUGCAUCGCAGCUGACGCAAGAAUUCAAUCCUCCCAAACCAAACAAUAUCGAGGCGGCUUUCGCCUAUCUUUGCGGCGGACCCAACAUUUUCACCAUGUCAGACGUAUCGUGGAAAAGAUGGAGAUCUAUCUUUAGCCCUGGCUUUAGCUCUGCAAAUAUGUUGGAACAAACUGCCAAAAUCGUCGACCAAUGCCACAUUUUCUGUAGCAAGAUACGCCAGUGUGCUCGAGAGGGAGAAAUGUUUUAUCUGGAGGAGCACACCUUGCGUCUCACACUAGAUGUAAUUGGUAUUAUUUCCAUGGACACGCACUUCAAUUACCAGCAUGAAGAUUCAGAUAUGCCUAAAAGCCUUCGGGGAUUGAUAGAGUGGGUUUCGUUUGGCACCGAAAUGAACCCUUUCAACCGCUGGACACCCAAACGGCCAUUUAUGGCAGCAUAUUACGGGCACAAAAUUGACAGAUUUAUCAACAAUGAGCUCAAAAAACGGUAUGCUGAGCGAAAGGCUUCACUGAGCACGAACCAAGGACUGAAACAGCUGCGGCAUUCCACGCGUGGCAAAUCUGUCGUUGCAUUGGCCCUGGAUGCUUAUUCUGCGGAAGAGAAGAGUGACUCCCUAGAUGAAACCUUCCUGUACUAUGCCCGCUCUCAGAUCAGACUUUUUCUAUUCGCCGGACACGACACAACAUCAAGCACCAUGGUUUACUUGAUCCACUUUCUCUACCUCAAUUCAGACUGCCUUGCUCGCAUACGUGCCGAGCACAACAGUGUGCUAGGACUGGAUCCUGUCGAUACUGGCAACCGUCUAUCGGACAAACCAACACUUCUCAAUCAAUUGCCCUAUACAACCGCCUGCAUCAAGGAAACAUUACGCCUUUUCCCUCCUGCGUCUUCUAUGCGCAUAGGCGGACCCAACACUGUCUUGGUUGACGAAGACGGCACCCGAUACCCUACCGAAGGCUGUAGUGUGUGGGCACUCCAUCUCGCGCUCCAGCGUAACCCGGACUUCUGGCCCUCUGCCGACAAAUUUAUUCCGGAGCGCUGGCUCGUUGGUCCCGAAGACCCUCUCCAUCCUGUCAAAGGAGCGUGGCGUCCUUUCGAAUUCGGACCGCGCAACUGCAUUGGUCAGGCACUUGCUAUAGCAGAGCUGAAGAUCAUGUUGGCCAUGACAGUCCGGGAAUUUGAUUUCAAGAAUGCCUAUGACGAAUGGGAUCGACUGCACCCGAGCAAGCACAUCAAGACUGUACUCGGAGACCGAGCAUACCAAGUUGAAGGUGGCGGUGGAGGAGCUCAUGCCGCCAACAAGUACCCGUGCAGAGUCUAUAUGGCGCAGAAUGGCAAGGCGGGUGAAUGA